AUGAAGGACGAUGAGUUAUUUUUUCGUUACCAUCGAAUGACCCCGGCACGCUUCGGACAUCUUCUAUCUGUUACACUGCGUUUUCUAGCGACUGGAGAGAGUCAACAAUCAUUGUCUCUUUCUUACCGUAUUGGGCGUAAUACUGUAUCAACUAUUGUUACUGAAACAUGCGAGGCCCUAUUCACAUGUCUGCAAGCAGAAUAUUCGAGGGCACCCAGCAUUAUUGAAGAAUGGCAAAGAAUUUCCACACAGUUAGGCAUAUCGCAUUUCCCCCACGUUAUCGGAGCUAUAAAUGGCAAGCAUAUCCGUAUCGAAUGCCCAAAGAAUUCUGGUACUUUAUACUAUAAGUACAAAGGAUUUUAUAGUAUUGUUUUAUUGGCGGUAUGCGACGCAAAUUACUGCUUUACUUUAUUUAAUGUCGGAGCAUAUGGUAGCAAUAACGAUAGUGGCGUAUUAGCUAAUUCAGAAAUGGGGAAUAGAUUCUCAGAUAAAAAUUUUCAUCUCCCCGAAGAUCAAGAUCUUUGUGGGUGCCGCCCAUACAAGCCAUUGCCAUACUUUCAGGUCGCAGAUGAUUUUUUCCCUUUAAAGUCCUGGUUGAUGCGACGCUAUCCUGGAAAUAACAGAAGUGGUUAA